CGGGGCUUUCUCCGGAGCCGUCGGAGGGAGCCGGAGCGCUUCUCCCGAGAUCGCCUGGCUGUGGUCCAGCAUGCAGAGGUGAGCCCGUGGUGAAAAGCGGCAGAACCGAUGGUUUGCGGGGAUGUAAGAGCAUUUGAAGGCUUCCACACCCUCUCCUCCAGGACAGAAUCAUGAAUAAACUGGAGGAUAAGCAGGACCAGAUGAUACCAUGAAGAGAAGUUUACAGGUCCUCUAUUGCCAACUGUUAAAGACUGUGCUCUGGGAAGCAGUUCCCAGUGGAGUCAUGGACCUCAUCAGUCCAGCUGUUGACCCCGUGAUCUCCGGACAUUUCUGGAACCCACCAGGCUUUCUCCUGACCUUGGCACUGACCAAAGCACUGGUCCUCGCCGUCCAGGAACCGUCUCCCAGGGAAUCUCUGCAGACCCUCCCCGCCAGCAGCCCCCCAGGCACCAUGGUGACAGCACCCCACAGCUCUACCAGACUCUCCUCUGUGGUGACACUGGAGCCCGAACCUGAUGGACCAUCCUCACAGGUUGCAGCUACAAUGGCAACAACCAUAUCUCAUCCGGAAGGACACCUUCCCACAGACACCACGUCCACGGUUAUGAUGACAACUGCCGUCCCCCAUCCUGAAAACCCUCUGCCCACAGGUUCUCCUCCGGCCGCCAUGGCAACCACAUCCUCCCACUCAGAGGGCCAUCCCCCAGGGGAUGCUGCCCCUGCCACCACCAUCCUGCCCACAAGGUCAGCAGGAGCCACCAGCCGUCCCACAGUGUCCCCACGGGCCACCACUCGUAGGCCCCCCAGACCCCCAGGCUCUUCCAGGAAGGGGGCUGGUGGUUCAUCUCGCACUCUCCCACCUGUGCCCAGUGGCCAUUCGGCAAGGAAGGAAAGCCAGAGGGGACGAAAUCAGAGCUCAACACAUCUGGGGCAGAAGCGCCCUCUGGGGAAAAUCUUUCAGAUCUACAAGGGUAACUUUACAGGAUCUGUGGAGCCAGACCCCUCUGCUCUUAUCCCCAGGACCCCACUCUGGGGCUACACCUCUUCACCACAACCCCAAACAGAGUCUCCAGCUCCAGCACCCAGAAGCACCUCACAGGUGCCUCCGACAACUUCCCCAGUACCUGCAAAGGACAAGUCAGGCCUUAUCAGAGUCAGCCAGGGGAGUGGCCCCACCUUUACCAGCCCAGGAGGGGAACCGGAUGCCACAGCAGCCUCAGGUGCCCCUGCCAGUACACAGCAUGCCCCAGUGCCUUCUCAGCGCCCUCAUGGUGACGUGCAGGACAGCCCCAGCCACAGUGACUCCGGGCUUGCUGUCACCCCCGACACUGACAGACCCCCAUCUGCCAGCUCCGGGGUAUCCACGGCUGCCACAGGGCCCACCCAGGCUGCCUUUGAUGCCAGUGUCUCAGCCCAUUCCCAGGGCACCCCUCAGGGAGCAUCAGCAACCCCUCAGGGUCCAACCCGGCCCUCUGGGGUCUCAGAAAGCACUGCUUCUCCAGCCGAGGGGAAGACUGAGGCCUCCCCCUCAACAACCGACAGGGGUCCCAGACCCCUUUCCACAGUGCUGUCUACAGCCACAGGCAACUUCCUCAACCGCCUGGUCCCUGCUGGGACCUGGAAGCCAGGAACCGUGGGUAACAUCUCCCAUGUGGCUGAAGGGGACAAGCCCCAGCACAGAGCCACCAUCUGCUUGAGCAAGAUGGACAUUGCCUGGGUCGUCUUGGCCAUCAGUGUGCCCAUCUCCUCCUGCUCCGUCCUGCUGACCGUGUGCUGCAUGAGGAGGAAGAAGAAGACAGCCAACCCCGAGAACAACCUGAGCUACUGGAACAACGCCAUCACCAUGGACUACUUCAACAGACAUGCCGUGGAGCUCCCGAGGGAGAUCCAGUCCCUGGAGACCUCGGAGGACCAGCUCUCAGAGCCCCGCUCCCCGGCCAAUGGCGACUAUCGAGAUACUGGGAUGGUCCUCGUGAACCCCUUCUGCCAGGAAACACUGUUCGUGGGAACCGAUCAAGUUUCUGAGAUCUAGAUGCAGCAGACCACCCCCCCCCGCUUUGCCACUCCCUAUUUUUUGUCUCUAAAUUAUAAAUAUACAAAUAUAUAUUAUAAAUAUAACCUUUGUGUAACCCUGACUUAAUAAGAAACAUUUUCAGCUUUUUUUCUUAAGAAUUGUCAACAUCUUUUUUACAAGUGUGGUUUAAAAAAAUUUACAGAAUGACCCAUGGCUUUAUAAAAUAAAGGUAUUUCUAAGCAAAGCUGUUGCACUGAUUGCUUCUCUUAACUGUUCUGGGCAUGUAGGGGUCCCAGGAGCCCCGGGCAGGUGAGGAAAGAGACCAGUCUCCCAUGGAAGCUGAAUGUUUUUAAGGCCAAAUGAGUGGUCCUCUUUGUGUUCUUGAUGCUCUGGUUCCCUUGACUCAGUAUGUCCACAUUCCCUGUCUCCAUGUAUAUACUCGAAUAGAGGGAACUGGUGCCCCAAGGCAGAAGACACAGGCAAGUGUACAAAACAGAGGGGAGCGUGUCUCCCUGAGGCCUCACUAUGGCAUCACUGAAUGUCGAGUUUAACGGGAUCUGUGAAGGCCAUCAGCGCCUGAGGAGGCUCCACUCCUUUUAUCACCCCACCGGGUGCCCCCACCAUGCUAGAAGAAACCAGACUGCCUUUGUCUGGCGGAAAAGGGUUCCCUAGAAACCCUUCUCUGCAUCUCUUCCAACACCCCCACCUGCCCUGAACCCCAGGCCUCUCUUCCUGGGACAGAUACAGAUGUCAGCCUAGAGGCUAUGAGCCCUUGCCCUUCCCUCUUGAAGGGUUGUUUAUUGGGAUUCUGUAUUGCUUUCUCCAAAGGCAAUGAUAGUGUGCCCUCUGAGAAACAGGUUUAUGUAGAAAGCCUUGUGGUGUAGAACUAUUUUUUUUUAACCUUCCCCAUUAAAUCUUUAAAGAAAAAGAUUGCCAAAUGACUCACUUGAGAGAAGUGCCAUUCUGUCCAUAAGCAGAAGCAAUGCAGACGUGCCCAUGACCGUACCAUCAGCUCUCCCCAUCACCCCCCCCCACCUCCCCUCUUGUCCCCCUGGGCCCAGGGCCAUGCUGUACCUGGUGUGGCCACUGGGGUGCAGACUCUCAGAGACCCUAAGGGAGCUUCUGGGCCAGUUGCUUUCUCUGUUAACCUUCCUGACCCACUGUGGCUAGGGAGUUAACUCCGACCCCUCCUCCCCCUUCUCUAAAAGAAAAAUAGUUUGAUAGUAUAUUUUGAAUAUAGAUGUUCUUAUUAUCAGAUUGGAACUUGAAUUUGACUGUCGGUUUCCAUGUCUGUGUUGUUGCUGUGGUCUUCUUACCAUGACUUCCUUCCUAUGUCUUCCCUCCGUUUUCCUUUCCAGAAAGAAAGACAGCCUUCAAAACUAAUGUGUUCUCAGUGUUGUAUGGACCUACUUACCACCAGUCUGCUUGUCUCUUUUCAAAGACUUAACCCCCCCCAAAGGAGCAGGUUCAAUGUUGUGCCGAGGUUCGCUCUCUAAUGUGUCGCUGUCCAACCUUAACCUUAUCAUAAUAUUUCUGUUCGCUAUUGCAUUGACUGUGCCAAUGUGUGUAUGGAUAGAGAAAAACAUGUUUGUAAAGUAAAAUUUAUAUAUAAUAUAUGUCAUCAAAGAUACAUAUGUUAUAUGUACAUUUGUGGAUGUAUGACUUAUUUUUCCGUAUCCACAGAAUUCAGCUACCAUGUAUAUAUAAAUA